GCCCAGCCUCCACCAAACUUUUAAAAGUUAUUAGUUCUCUAAAAAUAACAGCGUAGAAGCCACUGUGCAGUGCCACGCGAUCUCGGCUCAAUGCAGCCUCGACCUCCCAGGCUCAAGCGAUCCUCCCAUCUUAGCCUCGCAGGUGGCUGGGGCCACAGGCGCGCGACGCCACGCUGGGCUAUUUUUUAAAAUAAAAUAAAAAGAAAUCUUCGCCAGGCUGGUCUCGAACUCCUAGGCUCGAGAGAUUUCUCGCCUCAGCCUCCCAAAGUGUUGUGAUUACAGGCGUGAGCCACCGCUUCCAUUUUUAAAGAGUACUAUUCUGAGGACUAACGCCAUUCGACAAGUUGGUGUGAAUUUGUUUGCGUUUUUCAAAACCCCAAAGCCGGCCUGGGCGCCAUCCCCAUUUGCCCCAGGCCUCUCAGGACCCCGACCACAGGCAGGGCCCCGACCCCAGGCAGCGCCCUGACUCCAGGCAGGGCUACCUCCAAUUCCCAGCCUCCCCAGGCGGGGCCCCCGCCCCGUUCCCGACAAGCUCACUCUCGCCGCGGCGGGGCCCCUCACCCAGGCAGCACACCCUCUCACCCCGACCGGGCCCCCACCGCUCUAGGAGGGCCGGCGUUGGGGGAGGGCGCCGGGACGUGCCCGACGAGGGUGACACUCGGGCUUGGGACAGGGCGUGCUGCCGCGGGUCACGUGCUGCGGAGGCUCGGGGAGGGGCGGCCAGGCGGGGUUUAUAGCCCAGGCGCCCGCGGGCCCCACGCUUUGACCGGGUGGUGGCAGCUGGAGUCGUCUUCGGGACGCGCCUGCUCUUCGCCUUUCGCUGCGGUCCGUCGAUUUCUUUCUCCAGGAAGAAAAAUGGCAUCCGUUGCAGUUGAUCCACAACCGAGUGUGGUGACUCGGGUGGUCAACCUGCCCUUGGUAAGCUCCACGUAUGACCUCAUGUCCUCAGCCUAUCUCAGUACAAAGGACCAGUAUCCCUACCUGAAGUCUGUGUGUGAGAUGGCAGAGAAGGGUGUGAAGACCAUCACCUCCGUGGCCAUGACCAGUGCUCUGCCCAUCAUCCAGAAGCUAGAGCCGCAAAUUGCAGUUGCCAAUAUCUAUGCCUGUAAGGGGCUAGACAGGAUUGAGGAGAGACUGCCUAUUCUGAAUCAGCCAUCAACUCAGAUUGUUGCCAGUGCCAAAGGUGCUGUGACUGGGGCAAAAGAUGCUGUGACGACUACUGUGACUGGGGCCAAGGAUUCUGUGGCCAGCACGAUCACAGGGGUGAUGGACAAGACCAAAGGGGCGGUGACUGGCAGUGUGGAGAAGACCAAGUCUGUGGUCAGUGGCAGCGUUAACACAGUCUUGGGGAGUCGGAUGAUGCAGCUCGUGAGCAGUGGCGUAGACAAUGCACUCACCAAAUCAGAGCUGUUGGUAGAACACUACCUCCCUCUCACUGAGGAAGAACUAGAAAAAGAAGCAAAAAAAGUUGAAGGAUUUGAUCUGGUUCAGAAGCCAAGUUAUUAUGUUAGACUGGGAUCCCUGUCUACCAAGCUUCGCUCCCGCGCCUACCAGCAGGCUCUCAGCAGGGUUAAAGAAGCUAAGCAAAAGAGCCAAGAGACCAUUUCUCAGCUCCAUUCUACUGUUCGCCUGAUUGAAUUUGCCAGGAAGAAUGUGCAUAGUGCCAAUCAGAAAAUUCAGGAUGCUCAGGAUAAGCUCUACCUCUCAUGGGUGGAGUGGAAAAGGAGCAUUGGAUAUGAUGAUACUGAUGAGUCCCACUGUGCUGAGCACAUUGAGUCACGUACUCUUGCAAUUGCCCGCAACCUGACUCAGCAGCUCCAGACCACGUGCCACACCCUCCUGUCCAACAUCCAAGGUGUACCGCAGAACAUCCAAGACCAGGCCAAGCACAUGGGGGUGAUGGCAGGCGACAUCUACUCAGUGUUCCGCAAUGCUGCCUCCUUUAAAGAAGUGUCUGACAGCCUCCUCACUUCUAGCAAGGGGCAGCUGCAGAAAAUGAAGGAAUCUUUAGAUGAUGUGAUGGAUUAUCUUGUUAACAACACGCCCCUCAACUGGCUGGUAGGUCCCUUUUAUCCUCAGCUGACUGAGUCUCAGAAUGCUCAGGACCAAGGUGCAGAGAUGGACAAGAGCAGCCAGGAGACCCAGCGAUCUGAGCACAAAACUCAUUAAACCUGCCCCUAUCACUAGUGCAUGCUGUGGCCAGACAGAUGACACCUUUUGUUAUGUUGAAAUUAACUUGCUAGGCAACCCUAAAUUGGGAAGCAAGUAGCUACUUUAAAGGCCCUCAAUUAUGGUUGUUUCCAGCUGAAUUAAGAGCUUUAAAGUUUCUGGCAUUAGCAGAUGAUUUCUGUUCACCUGGUAAGAAAAGAAUGAUAGGCUUGUCAGAGCCUAUAGCCAGAACUCAGAAAAAAUUCAAGUGCACUUACGUUCUCAUUCUAUGGCCAUUGCGUUGCCUCUGUCACUGUAUUGAAUAAAAACAUCUUCAUGUGGGCUGGGGUAGAAGCUGCUGUCUGCUCUGGUAUGAUCUGAAAAGGCCUCCUCACUGCUUUAUCUCAUGAUGCUUGCUUGUAAAACUUGAUUUUAGUUUUUCAUUUCUCAAAUAGGAAUACUACCUUUGAAUUCAAUAAAAUUCACUGCAGGAUAGACCAGUUA